GUCGAGUCUCCGUCGUGGUCUUGAAAGGAGGAUCAGAUGGUCCAUGCUUUUCAAGUGGCUUCCCGAGAUACAAUAUACAUAAUCUCUCCGGGAGACAGAUUUGACACUGACCCUCUUGUCAUUGAUAGGAAUGUCUCACUGACCUCUCAGCGUCUUUCUCUUCUCCCGCAUUGACCCUUUUCUUCUCUUCUAUGCUCGAACCACUUCGAUAGCUUUUGAUUUCCCCCAGGCAACAUCGGGGCCCAGCACCAUCACGACGACGACACCGCUGCCCGUCCCAGUACACUCUUUUCGUUUGCCUGCCUUGCCUACAUUGCCGGGGCACAGACUGAUCACAUUCUCGUCAUUGCCUGCUUCCUCGACAACGUGCUGGACAACGGUCGAGAGCUACGCGAGAGCUUUUUUCGGGUCGUCGGGUCUCUUCAUACGACAACUACCAGUCCUUCGUUUGUGGUUCAAACCAACAUAAAGAAUUUGUCCCUCGCUCAACUUGUGGAAAUAAAAAGAUUCCAAGAUGACUGUUGCACAGUUAGUCCAUCACUACGAAUCCAUCAUCCACCAAGAACUGUCCAUUAAACGUGUACCUAGGAGCCUACGAUCUCACGCAUCGUCGUCUUCUUCUUCCUCUCCCUCGUCACGAGUCCGCUUGUCCCUUCAGACCAUCUUCGGCCACAAUCAUUCAUAUAGAUCAACGAAAAGAUCGGGCACGAUGAACUCCUCGACGACGACGGCUGCCUCCUCGGUCAAGUCGUCCCCCAGCUCUUCCUUCAGUAGCUUUGGAAACAAGCUGCGUACACAGGCCCUCGAAAGCCUACACAACAACAACAACCACUCCAUCUCUCCUUCCCUGUCGACGCCGAACCCUACAAACUUGAUCCGUCGACAGCCCUCGGCCAUUGACAUGGCGUUGGAAGAAGAGAGGUACGCCGACCCGGUCGAGCUCAUCGGGCUCGGGCUGUUGGAACCAAGACCAAGGGCAAACACCAAUUCAUCAGUGUCGUCUUCUCCUCAAUGCUCCAUGAUGGAAUUCAUGAGCGAGUCGGUACAAACACCCGUGGUUCUCGACGGCAUUUUCGAAGUCAUGGAGCGUGCAUAGAGGACUUUUUUUCCCUCUUGUUGCACAGAGUAGGAGUACAAAGUGCUUUUGGGGGGGAAGGUCUAUGAAGACGUGGUGGCAGGCAAGAUCAUCUAUUCAAGGGUGGUUAUAUGAAAGAUGGAUCCCCACCAGUCUUUAAGCGCCUGGAUGGUAUGGGAUGGAUUGAGGGGAGGAUGAAUGCGGACACAUCCACGCCCCGUUGCCCUCGUACAGACACUAUCAACAACAACUCGGGAUGAAGAUUUACGACUAUAUGCGAUUUAUGGAAAGAGUUGGGGAAAUUUCAUUUCUGUGGACAAGUUGCUUUCGGCUGGUACUUGCAAAGGACGAGUUCAUUUGGGGGGGUCUGGGUUUAGACAUUGAGGAUGCCAUAUACCAAUAUUUAAUAGCGAUGUGAAGAGAAGAGCGAGAUUGAAUCUUUUUUCUAGAUAGGACCGAGAGCAGUCAUUGAUGAAGUGUCUGCUCCUUGAAUGUUCAAACAAGAAAAACAAAA